AUGAGUAAAUUCAUCUUGGUCUUCUUUGACGACGUCUUGGUUUAUAGCUUAACUUGGGAAGAACACCUACAUCACCUACGGACAAUUUUUGAGACUUUCCGACAGCACCGACUUGUUGCCAUGCUAAGCAAGUGUGCGUUUACAUGCUCCACCAUAGCUUACUUGGGUCAUCGUAUCUCCAGUGUUGGUGUAGAAAUAGAUCCAAAGAAGAUCCUUGCAAGCCAGCAAUGGCCUUUUCCUACCACGGUGCGUGGCUUGUGCGGGUUCCUAGGCUUGACCGGAUACUAUCGCCAGUUUGUUCCCCAUUAUGCAAGCCUUGCGAGCUCGUUGACUGACUUGCUUUGUAAAAACGCCUUCGUUUGGACCAUGGAGGCCACCACGGCUUUUGAAGCAUUAAAGAUUGUGUUGACAACCACUCUUGUGUUGUAA